GAUUAUCCCCAGUUCCGUAGUCAUUGUCCAUGGAGCAACUGUCUGUUGGUCAUGUCCAAAAGCUCAUUGAAGGGCUUUAUAACUCUACAGACCCACGUACUGCCAAGGAUGUUCAAGAGCAACUCCAAGCCAUACAACGUCUUCCUCAGGCUUGGGGAAUUGCCCCUGAACUACUCUCAAUACAGUCCGACCAGUGCCGCUUUUUUGGUGCCCACACGUUCCAGGUGAAGAUAUCCCGCGAUUGGGACACACUCCCAGAAGAUCGAAUUGACUGGCUUCGAGACGAGAUACUUGUGUGGAUUGUACGCUUGUGUGCUGGGCCAAUGCUUGUCACAACAAAGCUAUGUUUGGCAUUGAUCUCUUUUGCUCUUCAUGCUGUACCCAACCAUUGGCACAGUUUUGUAGCCGAGUCUGUGGAUGCACUAAGAAGAGGUGGUGCUGUCUAUGGGGUUGCAACACAGAAUAUUGACGCUGCAAUACUCGAGUUUCUUACACUUGUUCCAGAAGAGAUAUCAAACACAGAACUUGCAGGAAACCGAAAAUUACAACUUAUACAGGAGCUUAAUGAUGCUGUUCCUCUUGUCCUUUCUGUACUUUCAUCUGUAUUAUUUACGACAUCUUAUGCAGACGGCACUGCUCAGCAAAAAGCUCUUCGGUGCUUUCAAAGCUGGAUUCAAUACGGCAUAGAAUUUGAGGCUUCUUAUCCAAUCAUACAGCAGACGAUGCGAUUGCUUACAAAAGAAGAUACGUUUGAGCCUGCGACCGAAGUAUUGUUAGAAGCUAUGCAACAACCUUCAUGGGCUAGAUAUGUAACUCUUAGAGAUGACUUGCUGAAAUGCUUUACAAGCGAAGAAAUGAAAAACCAAUUUACAACUUGUAUUUCAGGCAUACAUGAUGUUCUUCUGUUGAUGGACAUGAUUAUGCAACUGACCGCUUUCCAUGGGCACUUUCCGGCCGAUCAAGAAGUCAGCGAAAUUCCACUUAACUUUUGGUACGUUCUUCAAGAAGUACUGUUUGAUAAUGGUAUUGCGCCUAUUCGAGAUGACUCCUAUGCUCCUUCACUUGAUGGUGAUGAUGACGCAUCGCUUGACAAAACAAUGCCAAGUGAGGAGCAAAGGAUAUGGACACGCCAGUGUGGUGAAGCUGCUGUUAUUAUCUAUCGUCAACUUGUUACUAUACUUCAACAAAAGGCAGCAUUUCCAGAAGACUCUGUUUGGGCUUCCUGGGCACAAGACCUCAAAGACAAGUUCAGAAUCUGUCGACGAGAUCUGGGUGAUACAAUGAUCAAUCCUUACUACAUUUUACGAGGAGAAAUGCUUGCUAUUCUUUUGGAACAUGCUAUUGCAGUAAUAAACCAUUGGGACUCGAUUCCUCUCGCUAGUCAGGAUCUUGAAGCUACUCUGUUCUGUUUAAAGAGUAUUUCUGAAGAAAUAUCACCAGGAGAAGACGAACAUAUCCAUAGAUUUUUUGGGCCUGAAGUCUUUGGCAGAUUUCCAAGAAAUGGCAGUAUCCGUUUACAAAACACAACAAUCCUGCUUAUGGGUUCUCUUGCUGAAUGGCUAAAAAAGCAUCCUCAAUUUCUGGCUCCUGUUAUGAAUUAUCUUGUCCCUUGUCUUAGUAUUCCUAAAUUGGCCCCAUCUGCUGCUUCUGCCUUUUCUGAUAUAUGUGACGCAUGUCGGAACUCUUUAGUUGAUGACCUGGAUAGCCUUAUGAACAUAUAUAAUGCUAUGUCACAUUCUCAAAUUGAGGCAAGUGGUCAGUACAUAUUUCCAAAUGUGAUGCAAAAAGUGGUAGAAUCUAUUGCAAAUGUUAUCCAAGUACUGCCUAUGGAAAUAGCUAUUACACCAAUACUGACACUGACUGGAAAUAUCUUACAAAGUGCCGCCGAAGCAUUGGAGAUAGCAAAAACGGACCAGGAAAGGGCACGGUUGAUGAUAUUGACCCAAAUACAAUAUCUUUCUGCAUGCUGCAAAGGUAUCCAGUCUCCUAAUGAUGACUAUCAGUCUAUGUCGGCAAGACUUGCUUUCUACGAUUCAUUUGCUAGUGGAAAGUCAAUAGCAGCAUUCUCAGAUAUUGAAGGCCUUUCUCAAAUCAAUGAUGCUAUGAGAAAGUUAACAAGGGAGAUUGCAGGGAUCUGGAAUGGCGAUGAGAAAGUCAUGAAGGCCCUUUCACUCUUUUUGGAGUCAGGAGUUCGCUCAGUUAGCCCGGUGCUUGCUCUGCCUUUUCUUGAUCUUGUGAUGAUUAUUCAAGCUAGCUACCAAAGUGCACCUUUUCCGUGUUGGCUCGAUACAGCUAAAUUUGUAAUAACAGUAUAUGGGGGCCAAGAUGCAUACUUUCAGAAUCUUAGAGAAUUACUCCAAUCCCUUACCGUCCGUACUCUAGAAUUCAUCACAAACCCUAAAGAUAUGGAGCAGAGUCCCGACGUUGUCGAUAGCUAUUUUGACCUAUUAUCUGCGGUACUGAAGCGCUGCCCAAUUGUUUUCUAUCAACUAUCAUACGAUCAAAUCAACACCAUCUUUAUGUUUUGUAUUGCUGGUAUGGGCUUACAAGAGAGACUUGCUCUUAAAGCAGCAGUGAAUUUUAUGGCCGAGUUUGUUGGUCAAGAGUAUGAAGAAGGGACUGAAAUUGGAGCAAUUGUCAACACUCUUGUGACAAACAUGGGGCCACAGAUUAUAGAAAAGCUGCUUGUAGGAAUUGGUGGACAUGUUCCGAGAUCGUUCUCAGGCCCAUUGGUAGAUGUUCUAUUUAAAAUGACUAUAAAAUACACACAAGCAUGCAGAGAAUGGCUUCCUAUUUUACUCCUUCGCGAUGGUUUUCCUUCUGCCUUGGUAACGGAUACCGAGAAAAUUGCAUUUAUUAAAGGAAUCAUUGGUACUCGGUCGUUGAAGAAGUUCAAGGAUGUAGUAAACACGUUUUCAGUAAAGUGUCGUGGUUUGAGCAAUACGUCUUUUGGAGCCGUUUAACCAUUAAUAUGCGAAAUGUUAAGAACAGUGUAGCAAUAUAUAUAGCUUAGAAGAAAAAAAGUACAACGGUUUACAUAAAAACUACAAUUCUUUGUGUGAUCCUAUUACAAAUGUAAACAAUACAAACGAGUAAAAAGAAAAGGGAAAUAAAAUCAUAUGAUUAUUU